AUGGCUCCCUCCUCCUCCACAGACUGUAGAAUAUACCAGGAGGAGUCGCUGAAGGUGUGUGGUCAGAAAAUGAAUGAUAGCACUACAUUGCAGCCCCUGCUCAAUCCUGGCAAGGAGGCUGAGCCUGUGAAUUGUAUCCAAAGGGAUUCUGAUUUUGAAGAGCUCCCAAGAAAAGGCAAGAAUGGAAACUGGCUCACUCUGUGGAAGAUACUAGUUGACAUGGAGCCCAAGCAAUUAUUAUCCUGCAUAGAAUUCAAAUAUAUUACUGACGCGCUAACAGAAAAAGCAGCUGUCCCCCUACUCCAAAAUGGCCUGCUUGGGAACAAGGAAAGGGAAGAGCAAAUGUUAAAGCGUUUUUAUCCUGCUUAUACACCAUCCCCUGCCUGGCUGUGCUACUCAGAACAACUGUUAAAACAGUUAAGCCCAGAGGCUUUGAAAGAGGACUAGACAAGGUUCAAAGUAAAGGUAGGUGCAGAUCUACAGGAUGAUAUUCAUAGAUGCAAAUUUAUACGAAAAAUGAUUGGCCCUGACAAAAUAAUGGUGGAUGCAAACCAACGAUGGGAAAUAAAGGAAGCGGUAGAGUUGGUCACUGAACUAGCUGAAUUUAAACCCUUAUGGAUUGAGGAGCCAACUCCUCCAGAUGAUAUUUUGGGAAAGACAACCAUUGCAAAGGCCUUAGCACUGCAGGUAGGAAUUGGUGAGGCAACAGGAGAACAGUGCCAAAAUAGAGUGAUGCUCCUACAAGCUAAGGCCCUGACUUAUCUCCAAAUUGACAGCUGCAGACCAGGAAGCAUGAAUGAGAACUCAUCUGUGUUGCUGAUGGCCAAAAAGUUCCAGAUUCCUGUUUGCCCUCAUGCUGGGGGAAUCGGCCUCUGUGAAUUAGCCCAAGGAAUAAGGCCAAUUUUGCAACAUACAAGGAUGUGUGAAUUUGUAGAUCAACUUCAUAAACACUUCAAAUAUCCUACUGUAAUCAAAAAUGCUUCCUACAUGCUAUCUCUGGUAUGCUCUCUUAAGUGUAUACACAAAGGAAAGAUGAAAGAAAUGAAAGAAAACUCUGCAAGAAACUAUCAGUUUCCAGAAGGAGAAGGUUGGCAGAAGCACCUGUCAAGCCAAAAGGCACAGCAGCAUUGA